AUGUACAGCAAUGAUGUCUAUAGAAGUAGCGAUGAAUACAUCCAAGAUUUCGAAGACAUCGAAGCCGGAUUCCUUGUAUUCAUCCCCUGUUUCAUCGGUUUCCUUAUGACGAUUAUUGUGAUUCGAGGUUGUUAUGUUCUCCCAGCGAUGAGAGGAACUUUUGGCUAUUUGUUGAAAUAUAACAUGAUCUCCGGAAUCGUUGCGCCAAUAAAUAUGGGGAUUUUCUAUUUUUUCGGUGUUUUGUGGUGAGUCAUUUUUAGUCUAGGCGUGUUAAAAACCAAUAAUUAAUUAUUAGUUACUGAUCACACACGUGGUAUAAUUAUUUUUGACAAAAAAAAUUGGGCAAUUUCUGAUCGUAGAUCAUUGAAACUGUUUUUUAAAGGGACAUCAAAUUCGUAAUCAAUAAUUCUCAAUUCUUCGGACUCAUCUCAACAACACUUGUUCCAAUUCUCCAAUCACAAUACCUUAUGAUCUCUCUCAAUCGAUUUUUCGCGCUGGUAACUCCAACGCAUUAUAAUCAAAUUUAUCAUCAGAAAAUUCGAGGGUUCUAUGUUUCGAUGUGCUGGAUGGUUCCGAUUAUUUACACAACAAUGUUUGCUUAUUAUUGUAAGACGAGGUAAAAAUCCGUCCGUAGAACUUCUAGAUUUUUCAGAUGACUGUAGUUACAAGUUCUUCCACUACGGUUGGGUUUUCACCUACGCCAUUUCUGAAAGCUGUGGCUCAAAAUUUGAGGCAUUGCUCCGUGGAGUUCAAGGAACUCUAACCUAUGCAAUGGUUCUUGUCGAUAUUAUCACAAUGAGUUUACUGAUUUGCUUCAGGGUAAAUGCUUUUAGGUAAUAACCUUGCUCAUAUUAAACACAUUUCAGAAAAGAGUCUUGAAAUCGAAAAGUGCAGAAUUCCGCAAACGCGAAGUGAACUUUGGCCAACAAGUUGUUAUCCAAGGUUUCGUCUUCAUGUUUUAUGGAAUUCUAUACGCUUUGGGGAAUCGAUGGAUCCCGCAAACAAUGUCAGAAAAAUGGCGGAUUUUUUGGACAACCGCGUUUUCUGCGAACUUGCUACCUAUUAUUACCACGUGAGUUUUUUCAAGUUAUACUAAAUAUCGAAAUGUUUGCAGAAGCGUCAUUUUCAUUUUCAACAGCGAGUUCGCGAAGUGGUUGCGAUGUUGUAGCAAGAAGAGUAAAUCUAAUUUUAUCAUAGCAAUAAUUAAAAAAUGAAUUUGUGUGUUUUUUUUAAGUUUGUAACCGCGACGCACAGCCGCACGCGACUGACGAAGUAACAUUUUUCAAUCAUUCACCAUUGAACGAUAAUGCGAUAAAUAAAUUUUAAUUUUUAAUCAAGAUAGUUUUUCCCUUCUCCGCUCCAAAUCUAUAUGUGAAAAGCAAAUUUUGAUCGUUCACUUUUCUAAAUCUGGCGUUUCCCGAUAAUUACCAUAACCUUCACAAAGUUCUCUCAACAUGUAAUUUUCAAACAUCUCAUACAUAAAUAGGAUUAUCGAAAUCAUGUAUUCGAGUUAACCAAGUUCAGUUCCCAGUAUUUACAUAGUCUAGAACUCAACCUAGACACAAAAAAUAUAAUUACCAGUUGAAUAAAGCUGUCAAAAACUUUAUUCUCUUCCGUUCCACCUUGAUAAUGUUUGCUGAUAUAGUUUAUCAAAGUGGGCAUGAAUAUGUUCAAGAUUUUGAAGAUAUUCAAGUCGGACUUUAUAUAUUUACCCCAUGUUUUAUUGGCUUCAUCAUGGCGUUGAUUGCACUACGCGGUUGUCAUGUGAUUCCGGCAAUGAAAUCACAUUUCGGUUAUAUCACCAGAUAUCAAUUAUUUCCUCAGAUGAUUGCGUCAUCGAACAGCGGGAUUUUUUACUUGUUUGGUAUUUGCUUGUAAGUUUACUCUUGGAAUUUGAAUUUAAAUAUCAGUCUUGAUUUCAUAGUGACAUCAAAUUCAUCAUCAACAUGUCAUCAAUCAAUGGUUUCAUCUCUACAACACUAA